AUGGAGGAGGUGGAGGCCAAGAUCGGGAUGAUCAAGCCCGUCCUCGCGGCGAAGGUCCGCGCGGCGCACGACGAGGGGUCGCUGCGCAUCACGGGCGAAACCAGGGCCAUCAGGAACGUGGCCGAGCACGCGCUCUUGGGUGAAGGAGUGGAGGCCCUGCCGAAGGACGGCAAGGAGGCCAAGCGGCGGCAGAGAGGCAGGCGCCGUGCAGGUGCUGCCCCCCGAGCAUCCGCCUGCAGCAGCCAAGGCUCCGACGAGGACAGCCGCGAGCUGGAGACCAAGCUCGAGGACGGCGACCAGAAGAAGGACAAGGACAUGGUGAAGAAGGAGAGCAAGUACCACACGGAGGGCGAUGAGAAGGGCGCCACCAAGGCUGCCGAGGAUAAAUGCGACCUCUUCGACUUCGUGAUGAAAAGGACGGUGGCGGUCCAGCACCUCCAGACCCAGCUGGAGGCGGUGGAGAAGGCCCGUGACGAGGCCAUAAAGAAGAUCGUCGACGGGGGACUCGGCAAGGAGUUUCAGUACUUCAUGGAGGGCAAGGCCGUGCAGCAGGAGUAA